CAUAAAUUUGCAUUAAGGGCCAAUGAACCAUGAUGCCCCACCUGAAAUGAUCGAGAGACAUCCAGCUAGCAUUUAUCGUACUGGACUAAUUGGGCACAGGGUUGGCUAUCAAAAUUUAAAUACACGAUUUUUUCCAGGUUUCUCUUCUUGGACAUGAUUUAAGGAAGCCUGGAAUCCAGCCGUAUUGUGCUUUGGUCGCUCCGCUUCCUGCCAGGAAGUGUACCUCAGGGGAGCGACCAAAGCAUAACAUGGCUGGAUUCCAGGCUAGAUUUAAGGUACUCUCAGUGUUACCUUCAUUUGUAUCUCUGCAAUGUGAUUAUGGGUUUGCAUCAGUACUGUUAUCAGAAGGCUACAAUUUUUGUGUGGACGUAAGCGUACCUAUCACUUUCAGAUAAACAAAAUUUCCCUGAAUUAAUGUUUAUUCAGUAUUUACGACGGCGCGAUGUGUGAUCGAUUAGGCUGGAAAAGAAAUGUAUAUUCAUCAGGAUUUGCAUCAGACGAUGAUGAAUUUGCAAAAAAUGAAAAGUGUUUUUGAAAACAAAAUUGCUCUGAAUUAUUGUUUUGCUUAACAGGUUCCCAUCACUGAAAGUACUAAGUAGUACGUUAAAGUUACUUCAGUAUUUACGACAGCGCGACUUGUGAAAGAUUAGACUGGAAAAGAAAUAAAUAUUCAUCAGAAUUUUCACCAGACGUUGAAGAGUUUGCAGAAACUGUAAAGCUCGUGGGCGCCAGUGUGCGUGCCGGCACAAGAAGCUGUGUUGCCGCGGUUCUCCCAUCCCGCAAUAACAAUGCUAUGGAUUUUUGUACUAGCCGCCGCGGUAGUUCCAAACUGCGCCCCUACCCCCCUGGCACCACCGUGUGAGACGAGCUGCAGCGCGACUUGUGAAAUAUUAGACUGGAAACGAAAUAUAUAUUCAUCAGAAGAUGCAUCAGACGUUGAUGAGUUUGCAGAAACUGCAAAGCUCGUGGGCGCCAGUGUACGUGCCGGCACAAGAAGCCGUGUUGGCUGCGGUUCUCCCAUCCCGCAAUAACAAUGCUGUGGAUUUUUGUACUAGCCGCCGCGGUAGUUCCAAACUGCGCCCCUAUCCCCUUGGCACCACCGUGUGAGACGAGUUGCAGCGGGUGCGACGAGAAUAUCCUAGUAGCCAUGUGUGACGACAAACAAUUGGCUUCCGUCCCCAGCCGAUUUCCACCGAAAGUAAGCAUGAUCCAAUUGCAGGACAACGAAAUCACACAGCUACCUAGGGCGGCGUUCGUGAACAUGCCUCCAAAACUCUCCCAACUGAACCUUUCCAAUAACCGGAUACUCUACAUAGAGGACAAUGCGUUCGACCGACUGACCAAUCUCUGGGGACUGGACCUGUCCAGAAACAACUUAACUUCGGUGACAGACCAGACUUUGAGGGGGCUGCGGCGGCUAAGGAAACUGUGUCUCCAAAGCAAUAUGAUCAAGUUCGUGUCCGACAGUGCUUUUCUCUGGAUCGUAGACAUUAAUACCAUCAACUUUCGUGACAACAGACUGACCGAGGUACCCUGGUCGGCUGUACAGAGGACAUCGGCAAGAAAUCUACAGAAGUUUGACUUGAGCCGGAACAACAUACAGACCGCCCACGCCUUUCCCGAGAUCGACUCAAUAUCGACCAUGAAAAUCUGGCUGGGUGAAAACCCCUGGUGCUGCGACUGUGAGCUAACCCCCUUCCUGAAAAGCCUGAAGACCGUCGGCGCCAUACCAGACAGGGAUAGAAUGACUUGUGCAGGGCCCGAAGCCUUGCAGGGGGAAAAGUUAGAUGUACCCUGGAUAGAAGGAAUAGUCUCAAAAUGUUGUCUCAUGAGGGAAUCGAGUGGCCAGGUAUGCGAAAAUGAAACGAGUGAAAUGUUUGCCGGACUCGGUGUUGCAGCAGAAGCAACGACGAUGUCUACUAGAGCGGCAACAAUAACGACAGAGCCUGCUGACACUACUAUCAGUAUCACAAGCAGAAAUGUAUCGUCAUACAACCACUCUCUGAUCCCCUCAAAUCCCAUAAAAGCGGGUCCUUACGUGUCUAACGUUACCAUAACCUUGCAAGAUUCCUUCACUUCUGACCGCAAUAGUAACAUCAAAUGGGCAUUUAAAACCACUAGUACUAAAGUCUUUAUUUUGUUACCCAAUCAUGUUCCCGACCCAAACCCUUACAAUGAUAUUCUUGCUAUCAUCGAGACUUCUGUGUACGCAAUCAUGACUGUGCAGGCGUUCGCGGGCAUGGUUUAUUUCGCCGUGAAACUCGCGAGUUCAAUGCGUGUCAACCAUUCGUAGUGUGAUUUUCUAGAGUUUUCUGAGGUAAAAUAUCUUUUGGAAUUUAGACUUCUCAGCUGUGUCAGCCGUAAGGUAGUGAGUGAGUGAGU